AAAAGGGAGCAGUUCGGGGUACUCGAGGAAUCGCGUACUACUAAACUUCGGUCAGUCGUGUUCCAACCGUUCGUGUCGUCGGUCGUUUACGUACCGAAACUUUUCGCGAUUCCUACAACGAGAUAGACGCUCUCAUGAGAAUCCGAAGCACGUUUGCGAUCCAUUAAAUCGAAUACGUGCGGAGUACACGUGUCAGUGUUUGUUGUCCCGAUCGCGCCAAUUCUGUCAGCGAAGUUUUGCUCCCUUUCGGUUUAUCGAUCUCCGAACAAGCCAUUUUCGCGCGCAAUUUUUUCACGUGCAAGCACAGAGAGAGAACAUCUUGCACUAAAAGAUUGAGGUGCCCUCGUGAUCAUCCCGGAGGACGCCGUGUCGAGCACGUCACACGCGUGAAACGGCUCAUUGUAAAAAAUAGGAGCGCCGUCACUGAGCGUCCAUUGACUUCAAACUCGGCGAGGCGGCAUGACGCAACGCAAUCGGUGAAUCGAUUAAACAUCGUAAAAAAAAAACAAAAAAAAAACGAGCAGUCGCGAAGUCGACUAUCAUCGAUUGACGAAGAAUCCACGCUUAGUGGUGAAGAUUGAGGGAAGUCUCCCGAGAGAAUUUCUUUCUUCUUCACAUCGUGCUCACAUACGUGCAUCUCGUUCUCACGCUAAUAAUACGAUUGCGACGAUCGUGCGUGACAAACAGUCAGAAUGGCUCUCUUCCGGAAGUUCAAUGAGAAGAUUCCUCGAAGAGGGAUUCUGGGGGCGAUGAUGUUUCUGGCUUGCAUGUUCUCUUAUGUCAUUCGUACCAAUCUAUCCAUAACUAUUGUUGCUAUGGUAAAUGUUACAAGUAAAGACGGUGGCAUAGGUCCAGCGUGCACUGUAGCAGAUAUAAAAACCAAUAAGACAGUCGUGCUCAAAGAUUUUGGAGAACGUUUCGAAUGGAAUCAACAUAUUCAAGGACUGUUAUUAUCAGGAUAUUUUUAUGGUGUUCUACCGGCUAGUGUACCAGCUGGACUCUUAGCCGAAAAAUAUGGAGGUUCUAAAGUAGUGGCAUUCGCCACAUUAAUACCCGCAGUAUUAAAUCUUUUGAUGCCAUGGGCUGCUUCUGUUCACUACGGUUUCGUCUUUGCACUUCGUUUUGUAAUGGGAUUUUUCGGGGGCGCCGUUUAUCCUGCUCUCCAUGCGAUGAUUGCUAGAUGGGUGCCUCCUGGUGAAAAGGGCAUGUUUGUGUGGACUAUGCAAGGUGGUCCAUUCGGAACCGUUGUGACAUUCGCUUUAUGUGGCGCGGUGAUUAGUGCUUAUGGAUGGAAAAUUGCAUUUUACGUUACAAGUGGACUUAUGUUAGUUUUUUAUGCUUUAUGGGUAUACCUAAUAUAUGAUACACCGGAGUUGCAUCCCGGGAUCACUGAAAAAGAGAAAAAAUACAUAAAAGAACAAAUUGGCACUAGUGUCUCGAAGCAAAAGGUUCAAUUACCAGUAAAAGCAGUCGCUACAUCUGCGCCAUUCUUAGUAUUACUAUGGUCUCAUUUUGCAAACAUGUGGGGUAUAUAUUUCAUCGCUACAAACGGGCCCAAAUACACAUUAGAAGUCCUUGGUUUCAACAUGAAAUCGGGUGGCGCAAUAACCGGAUUGCCUUACAUAGCUAGAUUGGGCGCCGGAGUAUUAUUUGCAGCAGCGGGUGAUUAUGUGCGAAGGAAAAAUUUUUUGACUCUAGGCUGGAUAAGAAAGAUAUUUAUGCUUUUCUCUCACAUAGGACCUGCAGCUUGUUUACUAGUAAUGACAUAUGCCGGUUGCGAUGCCACAAUUGCGAUGAUAAUGUUAAUACUGGCGUUGGCCUUCAAUGGAGCCGCAUGCCAGACCAACUUACAGAAUCAUCAAGAUUUAGCACCGAACUAUGCUGGUUCUUUAUACGGAAUUAUGAAUACAUUCGGUAGUUUCCCCGGAUUCAUCAUUCCACCCAUUAUUGGUGCUUUGACCAAUGAGAGGAACGGAAUUGAAGAAUGGCGUGUAAUGUUCUGGAUAUCGGCGGUAGUAUUUACAUCAGCAACGGUACUCUUUUGGAUAUUUGGAUCGGCGGAAAUUCAACCGUGGAACGAUACGACUCAUACUAAUGUGCCUACUAUUGCCGAAGAAGAAAAGCGGAUAAAUGAAACAACGAAAGAUACGGCGAUCGAUACGGAAACCGAAGAAAAUGAACUGAAGAAAAUGUCUGUAGUGACUUAGAAAAUGAAGUGAAGGUAAUGUGUAUCCAUGUCUGUACAAAAUUUAUAGUCUAUUGCCGAAAAGAGAGUGCAUUUGAAAAAAAUACAAAUUUUGACUCUGUCAGAAAAUGUUACUAUUAUGUCAGAUUUUAUAUACCAAUUACAACCAAUAUUUAUACAACUUCCAAUUGUUAAACAAUUUUGGGUACAAAGAGAAUUAUCUCCUUGUUAUAAUAUAUAUUGAAAACUUGAAAUGGAAGAAUUAAAAUGAUGUACAGAAUAUUUAAUAUAGAAUAUUCAAUCAUGUUUUAAUUUAGAAUGAAUAGAAUUUGCGCUCCCCAAUUACAGAUACAUUACAUAUUGCUAGAAUAUCACGGCAGAUCUUUUAUAUUUAAUCCGAUUUAUAUUUUCUUAGAUGUGCGCGAAAAAUUAUUUUUUCACGCUCUUUUUUUUAUUGCCGCGUAUAAGACUGUAGGAUAUUUCAGAAGAUAAAACGCGUUUUAGAUUUUAUAUAUUUUUCAUAAUUCUCAUGCAUUUGUAUUGUCUCGAAUAUUUAAUUAUAAGUAUUUAUAUAUUUGAUAUUACAUUUUCGUGUCACGUGUACUACUUACAUUUUAUAACGUCACGGUCAUCAGAUAACUAAAAGAGUUAUAAAUAUGGUAUUCAAAGAAUGUAUCGAAACAUAAGAAUACUCUGUAGUGCAUUUUUUUAUUUUGUGCCAAAGUAUAUGUACGUUAUUCUCAUUGAAAAGUUAACGAAAUGUAUCAUCGAUGAAUCUAGUAAUAAAGACCUUGGCAUUGUCUUUGAACCAAUAAUAAAUGGCCAAGGUUAAGUUAGAUAUUAUAAAUAUUUUAUGCUAAGCACAUUAAAUCAUCACAUAUAUAUCUCAUUAUACACAAUGAAGCUUUCUCUGCGCGAAACGAUUUUAUAUAUAACUGUGAUAUAUAUAAUCGCAGUAAUUUAGAUGUACACACCAAUCUGGAUUUUAAUCGCGGCCAGUGAUCUGCAAUUUGUUUAAUAUAUCACUUUAUUUGAACAUCUCGGAUAAAUUGAGACAUUAAAUGAUUACAAAAUCAUCACUUCCGCCAUUAUGCGGAUAAAAGUAGCUUAUUCUCUAAUUUUCAUUUGUGAGAGCUUCCUAGUACUUCAGAGAAUAAUGAUUCUGGAAAUUGUAAAAUUGAAUCAUUCAUAUCCAAAAAAAAAUUGCACUUUUGAAUAUGCAAAGGAAAAAUACAUUACGUAGAUCAUGAAAAAUAUAUCUAUGCAUAUGCGUUUGCUAUAGAAAAUAAAAAAUAAUAAAUAUGUUGUUCCAAUAUGUUUUAAAGACGAUUAUUGUUCAAAUUGAACUAUUUCGUCGUAAUAUUUAUUAUUUUGUCAAUAAUAAUGUUACUAUGCAUGUAGUUAUUUUAAAAUCUGUGUAAAGUGUUUAGCAAUAAUAUUGCGCACGUAACAAUCUUAAAGAAAACAAAAUACAUGAAGAUAAAACUUGUUUUUUUAAACUAAUUUUAAAUGAAUUAUGCGCAUGUAUAGAUGUGUCAUAAUGUUUUUAAUUGCGGACUUGUAUAUGUUAUUUAUAGACACAUUUUAAUAUAUGUUUAUUAAUUAAAUUAUAACUCACGACAGCAUUUGUUUUAUGAAAUUCACAUACUGCGAAUCGUAGUAGAUCAUACAUGUAUAACAAAUGAUCGAAUAUAAUUUGUGAUUUCUCAUAUGAUAAUAAAGAAAUUCAUGUGUGUCUCUAUAAA